AUGAGUGAUUUGAUCGCCGAUUUGCCUAAAGGACCAUUGACUCCAUUCCGAGAAACGGCGACUUUUGAUUGGAAAGCAUUGAAAGUACAUCUUGAAGGAGAGGAAUCGAUCAAGUUCAAGAACGAGGUCUACGCGGUGCUUAGCCGAGAUCCGAUCUUUGCCCGAGAUUUCAGCCGUCCUUCCACCGAUGAAUAUCGAGAAAUCAAUCACAAAAGAUGGAAGGCAGUUCUUGAACAUCAAUUUAUUGAUGAUUUUUUCGCCGAGCUUGAGCGAACACAAGACCUUCUCGAAAUCCUUGAAACGUAUGAUCAAGGAUUGUCUGGAAGAUAUGCUCUACACGCAAAUGUGUUUUUCUCGGCAAUUCUCACGAUCGGCACAGAAAGACACGCGGAGAUUCUCGAAAAAACGAGAAACAAUGAGAUCGUUGGCUGUUUUUGUCUAACCGAAGUCUCGCACGGAUCGAAUACGGCUGAGAUUGGAACCCUGGCCACAUUCGACAAGGGAGAAUUCGUCUUCACCACUCCACACGAUGGAGCAAUCAAGUGUUGGGCUGGGAAUCUCGCUCAAUCAGCCACUCACGCGGUGGUGUUCGCUCGGUUGAUUGUUGGCGGGAAAGAUCACGGUCCUCAUGCAUUCGCUCUACAAGUUAGAGAUCCAAAUAACUACCGCUCACUUCCCGGGAUCACCAUCGGCGACAUGGGCACAAAGCCGGGUGUUUGGGAUGGAGUCGAGAAUGGGUGGAUGAGCUUCUCGAACCAUCGUGCCCCAUUGUGGACUCUUUUGAAUAAAGGAUGUGAUGUGACAGAGAGCGGUGAAUAUAAGAGUGCCUAUUCGUCGAGUCGAGAACGUCAAUCGGUCAGUCUUGGAUCGCUGAGUGCUGGCAGAAUUGGAGCAAACGCUUGCCGCCUUGCCGCCACAAUCGCGAUUCGGUACAGCUGUGCUCGACAUCAAUUCGGCGAAAAACCUGGCAGUGAUAAUGAACGAGCUGUGAUCACCUAUCCUCUGCAAAGACAUCGUCUAUUUCCGAUUUUGGCUCAAGCCUACGUGAUUCGACUUUAUCAGUCGAAAUUGAUGAAUCAUUUCCGCGAGUAUAUGAUGAGAAUGGUUGGCGGAGAGAAAAGUCCCGAAUUGGCAGAGUUGUCAAAAGAAGUGCAUGGCUUAUCAUCUUGCACAAAGCCGCUAGCAACUUGGAUGGGCGUGGCAGCAUUGGGUGAAGCGAGGACAUGUUGUGGAGGACAUGGCUUCCUCCAAUCAUCUCGUCUGAACAAUCUUCGCGAUGAUUUUGAUCCAUCACAAACUUUCGAGGGAGAAAACAAUGUCCUCCUUCAACAAACCUCAAAUUGGUUGGUGGCCAAGAAAGCGGCAGGCGGAGAUUUGAAAAGUCCGAUGGGAACAACGGAUUUCCUGGUUGAUGGCGGGGCAUUAGUUGAUGGACCGGUAGUUAGACGUGUCCUCGGCGCCUACACUUGGCUUGUGCAUCAUCUGAUCGCAAAAACCGAAAUGCGACAUAAAGAGCUGAAAGCACAAGGAAAGAGCUCGUUUGAUGUCAAAAAUGAGUCACAGAUUUACACAGCUCACACACUCUCGAUUGCUUACGGAGAAAGGGUGAUGCUUUCGUGGGCACAAGCCUUUGUUGACGAUGCUCCGAUAGCAUUCAAAUCUGUGCUGCAACGUUUGGUCAAUAUUUUUGCGCUCGAUCGAAUUGAGAAACAUUUAUCUACUCUAUACAUUGGUGGUUUCUGUUCGGGUGGAUCGUUUGGUGAAUGGGUGAGAAAUACUCUUAUCGAUGAGGAAACCCUUCUUGCACCCGAUGCCAUUUCUCUUGUCGAUGUCAUCGCUCCACCCGAUUUCGUUCUCAACUCAGCGCUUGGAUCAAGCGAUGGACGCGCUUAUGAGCAUCUGAUGGCUGAAUUCCGUCGUCACACUGAUAAAAGGACACCGUUUUGGGGCGAUCUUGCCACUUUUCUUCACCAUAAACAACAGAGCAAACUU